CGUGAAAGUGGGCAUACCGUCCACUCGCGAAACCACAACAACAUUGAUCCGAUCACGAAUCACGACAAGCCAUCCCUGAGCCUGCCCCGAGCUCUCAGGCUUCCUGCCGACGACCCCUCAGAGGCUUCAACAACCCGUCUGAUCUGUCGACAAUCCUUUCGUUGCUGGCGUUGUCGUUGCGUUUUUGUUCCUGCUGCCACUGUUCCUGCCAACCCAAACUUUGUCAAAGGCAAGGGCCGUCCUCUUGGGUGACUGAACUCCAUCCGCCUCACCAAACCCACCAGACCUCAGCUUCGACUCACACCAAGACACGACCGCCCUUUGGGUGUCUGGUCAGCUACUCUUCGAUGAGAGAGUCGUUGACCGAACCCUACAUCUCUGCGCUGCCUUUUUUCGACCAAAGACGCAUAGGAGACCGCCGUCGAUUUCCUAUGAUGUCUCGGGCUCUUUCGGGUUUCUAGGCUCUGGCUCCCGCCGGACCGCUCCGGCUCUCAGCUCGCUGCUUGAGAGCCUCGACCUCGACAUAAAUUGAUCUUCAUGAGAAGACACUGACUUUUGCUAUCGAUUGUCAACUCAUUGCCAUUCGACAACAUCUCUCCUUGGUUCUGGACACGAUCGAAUAACGCAUACGCAUCGCGAGCAUCUCGACACGAGAGGCAGCAGGCGGGGCGCACCACCAGACAUCAGAUGCUAUUGUACCUACACCGAAUCCUACGGGGCUCUGCUUCUACCAGAUACGAUUGACGACGUCGACAUGGACCGUCCUCCCGCGUCGCCCAUACCGGCCCUGUCCGGCCCGACAGAUAGCACGCCACGUGCCCCUGGCUUGGGUGUGCAAAAUGAGGUCCCGAAAACGCCAAAUAGCCUGGCACCGCCUGCCGUGUCUUCUUUACGGGCCGACAGCGCAGGAAUGAUGCGGAGGUCUCUCAGUGAAGACAUUCGCGAAGAGCGAGAGGAAUUGCGUGAGGCUGCGGAGCAGACGCUGAAUGUAAUCAUGGACCUAAACCUCGACGGCAAAAUUCGUUGGGUCAGCCCGUCCUGGGUUGAUGUGAUUGGUACUCUACCCGAGUCUGUUCAGGGAGUUGCCAUCUCCGACCUGAUUGUUAGCGACAACAAGACCGUCUUUGCCGAGAUUGUCGAGUCCAUGCAGAAAGAUGACUCAAAAAGUCAGUUCAUCAGGUUUGUCGUAAACCUUGGCCCCCUCUCACGCCUAGCGUCGCUGGACGCAGCUAGGGAUGGUGAUGCUCAGCCUGAGCGUGAGACUUUGGAGCUCGAGGCACAGGGAAUUAUGGUCUAUGAUACCUCGUCGGGUGGAGAAAGCCAUACAAUGUGGAUGGUUAGGCCCUCAAUUGGUCCACGAGAGAUCAAGAUAGACCUUCCCGACGUCAUUGUCGAGUCUUUGGGCUCGGGCGCCGAAGUUCUGGCCAGCUAUCUCACGCAACUAGCCGAGACAGGCCUGGACGACCCUGCAAACCAUGCACCACCACUUCCAGUUCUCUGCCGCAUUUGUGAACGACAAAUCCCUCCUUGGUGGUUCGAAAAGCAUACGGAUUUGUGUUUACAGGAGCACCGCGCCGAAAUGGAUGUUCAGAUGGCUCAGGAGAGCUUGACAGAGCACCGCCAUGCCAUCGUCAAAGUACUUGACGCACUCGAAGUACGGAAGAGUCGCUCAUUAAGUGGGGAUCAGUCACCACUACCACUAGCAGAGUACAAGGGGUUUCCAAUUGGACCACCUCCCUCGACUACUUCAUCAUCUGGAGCUUCUUCCCCAGCCCCAAGCAAUGACAGGUCAUCCCGUGAACGACCAGGACACGUUAGAGGCCGUUCUUUUGCCGUUCGCAGGCCCCAAGCUCGAAUUGUCGAACUAAUACUGGAUCUUUGCGAUACCGCUUUGGAAAUUAGCCCGCCGGCCAUCAAAGAAGCAUCGUCCACAAACCCGGGCGAGUUCCGCACGCAGUCUCCUCAGUCCGAGUCACGGAUAUCGCAGGUGAUGCAGUGGCAGUCUCCUAGCACCAACACGUUGGAGCAGGAACAAGGACUUGCUAUGUUGUGCGCCGACACAGAGAAUGUUGUAAAGGCAAAGGUAGAGGCCGUACUUCGACACAGGAGGAUCAUCGAAUAUGCUGAGCGCAUCCGCAUCGAGUUCGCAGUUACCGUGGAAGCAUGCAUCGAGGAGGCAAUGAGGAAAGCUGCUAAGAUCGCUGCUGGUCGGCUCAGUGAUUCCACAGAGGAUGAGGAAGAGAUGUUUCAGGCGCCUGCUCCGGAUGAGAUUAUCGAAACUGUAGGCGUCGAUGCCGCCACGACGUCACUUGCCUUGGCCUUACAAAACGCCAACAUCAGCGAUGAUCCCGACCGACGACGCAUGUCCGCCGCGAUCACUUCGACUAGGUCGAGCAGCCCUAGGGAGUGCCCAACCCCGAGGUCACAUCGCGGCACACUGAGUGUCUCCGGCCACACUCGUGACUCCCGUCGCGGUUCCCUGCUAUUCGAAAGCGAUCCAGGUGACAGUGAUGGCAGCAUGCGGUCAUCCUCUGUUACGUCCAGGCAACCACCGCGGACCGAAUCGCCAAUAUCCGAGUUUGGCGAUCUCCGGAAACAGGCCAGCUCGAGACAACACCAUCGGCGCAGUCUCAUCUUGCCAGGUGCCGUGUCUCCUCGCCGACAAGAAUCGCCCUCACGGGGCACCCAACCAUCGUCUCCACUCCGCAUCCAUAAACCGCGUGGGUUGGCUUUUCCUUCCGAUGCGCUGAUGUCGCCCGAAUCCUCUCCGAUGCUUCCAGGCAGCGAAUUUACAUCUCCUUCGUUGUCUCAUCAUCACCAUCAUCACCGUAGGCAAUCGUCGGCUGCGAUGUCGUUCGCCAAUGGCGAGCAUGGUUUCAGACCUCCACCUUCGCCUCGACUAAGUGCUACCAACCCACCUCCGCUUGCCCGCGCUGUUCCCCCCUCAAUCAAAGACUUUGAGGUCAUCAAACCCAUCAGCAAGGGCGCCUUUGGUAGCGUAUACCUUUCCAAAAAGAAGUCUACUGGAGAAUAUUUUGCCAUCAAGGUCCUGAAAAAGGCAGACAUGGUUGCCAAGAACCAAGUCACCAACGUCAAAGCCGAGCGAGCCAUCAUGAUGUGGCAAGGUGAAAGCGAGUUCGUCGCCAAACUGUACUGGACGUUUUCGAGCAAGGAUUAUUUAUACCUCGUCAUGGAGUACCUCAACGGCGGUGACUGUGCAUCACUGAUAAAGAUUCUUGGAGGCCUUCCUGAAGACUGGGUCAAGAAAUAUUUGGGCGAGGUCAUCCUCGGCGUGGAGCACCUUCACAGUCGAGGAAUUGUACACAGAGAUCUGAAGCCUGACAAUCUUCUCAUCGACCAAAAGGGUCACUUGAAGCUCACUGACUUUGGACUCUCUCGGAUGGGUUUGAUUGGCCGACAAAAGCGUGCGUUGAAUAGCGGAACAACAGACCCGGCUCCAGAUCUGCUGAAGCAGGGACCCUUUGCUCGCUCGGCCUCGAUCGCAUCCUCCCGAUCCACAUCACUUGAUCUGCAGGCGCCAGGCCAUUCGCCAGGCAACACACCCCACAUAAACCCCAACGAGGGCAAUCUGACACAGCCGUCCUACUUUAGCCUGGGAUCUUCGAAGCGUGAUUCAAGGCGAUUCUCUGGUCAUCGGAGCGACAGUGGGGGAAGCGAAGGCUUGGCAAACAUGCUGAGCAACUUCUCUCUCCACGACGCAACUUCCGCGACAGUACCACCACAGGCUGUGCAGUCUCCUCCCCCGGCGGAUGGGAGUGAAGGUGAAGGUAGUGGCUCGCCAGAUCCCGGCUCUCUUCAUCAUCCAAUAGGUGCCCACGGAAGCGCGAGCAUCGAGGCUGGAAAGGGCACGCCACCAUCAAACAUGCCUCCUCCUAACUGGGCAUUGUUUGAUCCUGAAGACAAGAACAGAAGAUUCGUUGGUACGCCGGAUUAUCUUGCCCCCGAGACCAUCAAGGGUGAACCUCAAGAUGAAACCAGUGAUUGGUGGUCUGUUGGGUGUAUAAUGUUUGAGUUCCUCUACGGAAUACCCCCAUUCCAUGCUCCAGAACCCGAAUUGGUGUUCGAGAACAUUUUGGCCCGACGAAUUCAGUGGCCAGAAGAAAUGGAAGACGAGGUAUCUGCAGAGGCCAAAGACCUACUCAACAAACUUCUGUGCAUGAAUCCUCCCGAGCGACUGGGAUCUAACAAGGAUGAGAAGUACCCCUCUGGUGGUGAGGAGAUUCGCAGCCAUCCCUGGUUUGAGGGCAUGAAUUGGGAUACGUUACUUCAAGAUGAAGCUCAGUUCGUCCCACAGCUCGAAAAUCCCGAGGAUACCGAGUAUUUUGAUGCUCGGGGCGCCACACUUCAGUCUUUUGCGGAAGAGAUGGAAGAUCAAACUUCUCCUCCUUCGGCGCCAGUCUCGGACUAUGCUGACCGUCCACACGAUGCCCUCUCGCGCGUGCGCUCCCAGUUCAACUCGAUGAAACGAGGAUUGAUGCCUUUGCACAUCCCGCCACACGUUCGAGACUUGAAGAGCCGGAGACUGAGCGAGCCAGUCGCUACGGAUGACUUUGGCAAUUUUUCCUUCAAGAAUCUCCCAGUUUUAGACAAAGCGAACAAGGACGUUAUUCAGAAGCUGCGGGCUGAAGCCUUGGCCGCUCAGAAUAAGCCAGCGUCCAUAAGCCCAGGUGGUCUCAGCGUGGUUACAUCUCCCGGUGGCCCGAGUGCCAGCAUGGAAGGCAGUCCUGUCUUGUCGAUGCCUGUUCAGAGGUCCCUUUCUAAUGCAAAGGCCUCUCAGAGACCACAGUCGCCAUCAGGAAUAGGCCAUAACGCUUCCCCAAGUAGGCCAUCACAGCCCUCUUCACCUCUACUGGUCUCCUUUGUCGCUAGUCAAGGAGGCGAAGGACGGCGAAAAGCAUCUAGCAAUUCUUCCAGCUUUUCACAACCUUCCUCGAGCAGCUUGCAACCAGGAAGCUUCUUCGAAGUGCCCCGUGUACCCCCGAGUCUUCAAAAGGCUGCUACGGUGGCAGCUUCUCCAGUCAAGGGACGGCCCAUACCCUCCCCAUUGCCCUUGUCUCCCCAAAAGAUCCUGGCAACGCCUCGUCAGGGCAGCGGAUCUUCAACCACUCGCUCGCGAUCCUUGACUGUCGGUUCCCAGGAUGGCAGCCCGGUAGCAUCAGACCUUUUGGUUCACCAUCGCAAUCGCCGAAGUCAAGUUUUUGACAUGUCUCCAUCGUCCUCCGACAAUGAAGGUGACAAGGCCAAUGCCUUGUUGCGAGUACAGAGGCGCCGUCAGAGUUCAAGACGAAUGUCUCAAAUCAACUUGGAAAGCACCGGUCCGGUAUUCCGACCCCUCGACGUGCUCAUAUGUGAGGACCAUCCAGUUUCACGCAUGAUCAUGGAGAAGCUCCUCGAGAAGCUCCGUUGCCGUACGAUCUCGGCAUCAAACGGUUCAGAGGCUGUGCGAUAUUCCAUGAGUGAUAUCAAGUUUGAUAUUAUCUUUAUGGAGUUUAGACUGCCCCAAAUUAACGGUGCCGAUGUCGCCAGGAUGAUUCGCGAGACAAAGAAUUCCAAUUCUCACACACCAAUCGUGGCUAUCACAGCAUACCUCAAGGAACUUCAGGCACCUCACUACUUUGACUCUUUGAUCGACAAGCCCAUCAGCUCAUCCAAGCUGACCGAAGUCCUUAAGAAUCUGUGCCAAUGGAAGCCACCCUCAUCGAGCCAAUACAGCUCUCUGUCCCUGCCCCUUAGCCACCCUGCCCCCUCUGGCUUGCGACAAGAAAGCAGCCGGCUUGAAGACAGCCCAACCUCGGGCUCCUCGAUAUUUGCGCAACGGACAGGGAGCAGUUUCCGUGGAUCAAGCCGUGAGGAUUCGAUCAGUUCUAGUUUAUUUGGCGAUUCCGAGUCUGUGGCCACGGAUGAUAUUCCCGUUGUGAUAAGUCGAACAGCAACGGGCGAGUGGGAAGAGGGUGCGCUGGGCAUUUCUCAGGACGAAAAGGUCCUCAGUUCCAGCGAGCCCACAAAAAUCUCCCCGAUGCCAAUAGAUGCACCACCCAAGACUCUUACUCAACAGAGGUCCCUGGAAAAGCUCAAGGCCAAGCGGGAAGCUAUAGAGAAGAGGCGCAGUGACUGCUCAGUCGACUCGGCCGACGAUGAGGACGAGGAGCUGGGAGUGAGCAGCUUGGAUUCCCGUAGCAACAGUUCGUCCACCAGUGGGAGUGUACAUUCUGGCAGUAGCCAUAGCCAGAGCCGACAGCAUUUCCGCAGCAAAUCUGUCUUGCCAUCCUCCAAACUUGGGAUCGAAAUGAUGCGAGCCAACAGCCACGAUAGUGUAGUCUUUCCGCCCGAUUCCGCCGGUCCUGGUGAGACGGAGCUUCGCGAGUCACCGCUUGGUCAGCAUGACGAGGAGGAUGAUGUGGGUGACACGACCGUCAUACACACACCUGACCAGUGCGGAUCUUCCGAGGACAACGCCACAGUCGUUGGGGUUGACGAAACACCACCACCAGCUAGUGGCAGCCAAUUCAUUGCCGAUGGCGGAAAUGAUGGUACGAACGACCUACCAUCAGGCAAGUCGGCACAGGAUGGUCAGAAGCCCACGAACUUCAUCUAAGAAGGUCAGUCACCUCAGGCCAGAUGAACGACUAUCUUUUAUUUUUCUUUCGUAGUUGGCCAGGGAGUAAACAAACUUGCCCUUGACCUUCUUUCGUUCAUGUCAUCCGUUUUAAAGGACCAGAAUGAGGCUUUCAUUUUUUUUUUUCCAAAUUGGAGCGAGGCGUUGAAGGUACGGCAUAUUGAGACUGUACAUACUGAUUGCGUUUCGACGGCUGUUGUUAUCUCUCCUUUGUUUUUUUUUUUUGGCUUUUAUUUCCUUGGUACUUCUUCGUUGCCCGUAUGUUACGCCUCUUCCGGCUGGUGGCUCUUGGGGAGCUGGGGUCAAAAGGAGGUAUUUUAUUUUACGAAACACGAAGCGAGCCAUGGAUCACUCUACUCUUGAAUGUUACUAUUACCAAUUUCAUUUGUACAUGGCGGGAAAGAUACAAAAUUGAGUUGAAAAUGAGGGGUUUUCGAGGUUUUUGCCUUUCUGCACAUGAAGACUAUUUUUUCUGUGUUACUGUUUCGCCCUCGCCACUUGUGGCGUUGGGUGAUAUGGUAUUUCUUCUCUUCGCAUACAGUCGUUUGUUUCAGUCUCGAUAACCGACAUUUUUACGGGCUUUGAAAGAGCUUUCGAAAAGAGAAAAAAAAAAUCUAUACCAUCUUGGAGCGAAGCCGGUGGUCCAAUCUGUCUUUCUUUCAUUUCGAUAUAUUUUCAUUUCGAGUUUGGCCUUUGCUUGGUAAUUUUGAUACUGGUGUGUGUUCCACUAUAAGAUAACUGACUGGAAUCUUUUAAAAUUCUCGAACAAGAAAAA